CCGAGACCAGAAAGAAAACGGUUCGGCCUCCUCCUCUCUUCCUCCCUUCCUCGAGCCCCGACCCCUUCUCCCCCCCUCCGCCGCCGCGGCCGCCCCCGCCCGCCUCCGAGAUCCGGCCGCCUCCGUCCUCGCGACGCCCAGCUCGCCGCCUCCACCCGGUCGUACGCAGGCUGAUCCGCCGCCGCGUCACGGCAACGGGCCCCGCCGCAAGCGAGCAAUGGACCGAGUCGGCAGCGGCGAGAAGCACCUCGAGGACUGCACCGUCGCCAAUGCCCUCGGAACUUGGGUCUUCUCUGUUGCUGGUGCCCUCCUUGCCAUUCCUGUGGGCAUAAAGAGGAAGUCCUUCGCUCCGCUGGUGUUCUUUGGCACAACUGGAACUAUGCUCGACAUCAUCAUGGGCAUUAGCCAGUGUGAGAGGGAGCAUGCUGAGCGGCAGAUGAAGCUUUUAGAAGCGCAAAACCUUGCAGCCAAUGCUUCAAUAGAGGGUGAAAGCUUGACUGAUUCCUUUGCCAAUGUGGAUAAGUGAAAUGUGUCCUGGUGUGGGUUUUUCUUUCAUGAAUUCCUGAGUUUAAUUGUCGAUGGUCCUUUGGAAACAUUGUUGUUCUUCCUAUUUCCAAAUAAUGUGUAUUGAAGAAAUGAUCAGUGUGAGUCAGUGUUCGUCAAGAUGACAAUGGAAAGGCCAUGUGAGUCCCUAA